GGGGUUGUUUUACUGUUGUCGAAUUAUGUGAGUUUUUAUAUUUUGGGUGACACUUUAUUCCCUUCAUUUCCAAGGCAGAUCAGGAGCGGUGCCGAGAAAAAUUUCCUUACUAGAUGACAUUUCAUCGCAAUGUCCGAUCGUUUGGGGCAAAUAGCCAAGGGCAAGGAUGGGAAAAGCAAGUACUCGACGCUCAGCCUGUUUGACAAGUAUAAAGGAAAGUCAGUAGACGCAAUCAGAUCCUCAGUUAUUCCUAGACAUGGCCUGCAGAGUCUUGGGAAAGUCGCCACAGCCCGGCGUAUGCCGCCGCCUGCAAACCUGCCAAGCUUGAAGUCUGAAAACAAAGGAAACGACCCCAACAUCGUGAUAGUACCCAAGGACGGGACGGGAUGGGCAAACAAACAGGACCAGCAAGACCCAAAGAGUUCCAGUGCGACGGCCUCACAGCCGCCGGAGUCGCUGCCGCAGCCGGGUUUGCAGAAGUCUGUCUCCAGUUUACAGAAGCCGACACAGUCGACCAGCCAGGAGAAUACAAAUUCAGUGCCAGGUGGACCAAAGUCAUGGGCACAGCUGAAUGGAAAGCCAGCAGGACACGAAGGUGGUUUAAGGGGCUCAAGCCGACUGUUAUCCUUCUCUCCCGAGGAAUUUCCGACGCUGAGAGCAGCUGGGGGGCAGGACAAGGCUGGCAGAGAAAAGGGCGCCUUAGAUCCGUCGUAUGGGCCCGGACCAAGCCUCCGCCCGCAGAAUGUGACAAGCUGGAGGGAGGGCGGUGGGCGAAACAUAAUUUCUGCCACGUCUCUGAGCGCCUCCCCAACUGAGCUGGGCAGCAGGAACUCGAGUGCGGGAGACGGAGCCCCCUCCUCGGCAUGUACCAGCGAUGCUAAGGACCCCUCUCUACGCCCGGCUCAGCCUGUCCGAAAAGGGGCGUCACAGUUCAUGGGGAAUGCAUACCACCCACCUACAUACCAUGACAUGCUUCCUGCUUUUAUGUGUUCGCCACAGUCACCAGAGAACCAGGUUCCAGCGGAACGAGGCUCCUUCCCCCUUCCUCCGCUCCGGCUUGAGCCCCGAGUUCCUUUCAGACAGUUCCAGAUGAACGACCAGGAUGGGAAAGAGGGCCGGCUGGGCGCCACUCGCCCUGUCCGGCCACUGAGGCAGCUGGUGGGGCGGGCACCUCGGCCCACCAUAGUCAACGCGGAAAACCUGAAGGGCCUCGAUGACCUGGACACCGACGCCGAUGAUGGCUGGGCAGGCCUGCAUGAGGAAGUGGACUAUUCCGAGAAACUGAAGUUCAGCGACGACGAGGAGGAGGAGGAAGCGGUGAAGGACGGCAGACCGAAGUGGAGCAGCUGGGACCCUCGACGGCAGCGGCAGCUGCCCCUGGGCCCUGCCGACGGAGCCGAUGCCAGGCGCGCCCAGGAGGAGGGGAAGGGCUGGGCUGAGACAGCGGGCGCGGCCCGGGGGCCCCGGAAGGUGCCAGAGCCUCAGCCACUUCCCAGGAAGAUUCACGGCUGGGCCACAGGCCCCGACUACCAGAAGUCCUCGUUCCGGCAACAGUCCGUGGAGGACAGAGAGGACAAGCCCCCUCCGCGGCAGAAGUUCAUCCAGUCUGAGAUGUCCGAGGCCGUGGAACGCGCCCGCAAGCGCCGGGAAGAGGAGGAGCGCCGGGCCCGGGAGGAGAGGCUGGCCGCCUGCGCGGCCAAGCUCAGGCAGCUGGACCAGAAGUGCAGGCGGGCCCAGAGGGCCGGCGGGGCCCAGAGACAGGCGGAGAGGGACGCGCCCCGCUCGCCCGUGUCCGAGAAGGUGCCCCCGCAGGAGGACGGCCCCGCUGCGCGCAGAGGCUCCCCCGAGUUGGCUGCCCAGGAAGCCCCCAGCGCGUUUUCCGAAGAAACCCCGGCAGCUCCUCCAGCUGUGGCUCAGAGCAGCGGCAGCGAGGAGGGGACCCAGGAGUCGGGGUCCCCCGCUCAGGAGCUCAGCAAGUACCAGAAGUCACUUCCUCCCAGGUUCCAGCGCCAGCAGCAGCAGCAGCAGCAGCAGCAGCAGCAGCAGCAGCAGCAGCAGGAGCAGCUGUACAAGAUGCAGCACUGGCAGCCUGUGUUCCCGCCGCCCUCCCACCCGCAGCGCACCUUCUACCCACACCACCCCCAGAUGCUGGGCCUCGACCCCCGCUGGAUGAUGGUGCCGUCCUACAUGGACCCGAGAGUCACGCCCGCUCGGACCCCCGUGGACUUCUACCCCCCCGCCCUGCACCCCUCGGGACUGAUGAAGCCCAUGAUGCCGCCUCAAGACCCCCUCGGCGGGACAGGCUGCCGCUCCGAGGACCAGAGCUGCGCCCCUCCGCUCCGAGAGAGAAAAGUGGCUCCCGUUGACCCGGCCCCUGUGUGGGGCCCGGAGGGCUACCUGGCCCUGCAGAGCAAGGGCUACUCCCUCCCUCACCCCGAGGCCCGCGACACCUUGGCCAUGGACAUGCAUGUCAGGAAUGAAUGCUCUUACUCUGCCUCACCCGGAAGGUCCGGGGGCGUAAGUGCCCAGCGCGAUCUCCUUGAGGAGAGAGGGGAGGAGUACUUGAGUGCUUUCGACAAGAAGGCCCAAGCAGACUUUGACAGCUGUGUCUCUUCUCAAAGAAUAGGCCAGGAGCUUUUGUUUCCACCCCAAGAAAAUGUUCAGGAAGCAGGUGCCCCUGGGGGUCACGCCCCAGACCUCCGGUGUCCCCCCCUGGAGCCUGACUUUGCCCCAGCUGAGAAAAAGCCAGAGUUUAGCAGUUGGGAUGUCAGCCACCCUCCAAAGGCCGCUGACACAGCCAGCAGUGUCGAGAAGGAGGCGCCCCGGGAGGGGCCAGCCUUCAGCGUCUCCUGGGGGAAGGAGGGUAGCCCCCGCAAGCAGCUGCCUCUGGAGCCCGAGUGGACGCCGGAGCCCCAGAGCGCCAGCAGCCAGCACCAGGAGCAGACCUGCAGGACCCGGCGGUCAGGGCCCAUCAAGAAACCUGUCCUCAAGGCCCUCAAGGUGGAAGACAAGGAGAAGGAGCUGGAGAGGGCUAAGCAGGAACUGGGGGAGGAGGGUGCCCGCCUGGCCAAGGUGAAGGGGGCCCCUCAGGCGGAGAAGGACGAGGAUGAAGAGAACGACCCCACGCUGGCGAACGCCCCCCCCGCCCCUCCGGAGGACCCGGGCGCUGCCGCGGGCCCCGAGGACAGCAGCUUGGCGGAGGCCGAGAAGCCUGACAGGGCCUGGGAGACGAGAGCAUCCCGCGAGUCCAGCGACAUCCCCCCGACCAAGAGAAACAACUGGAUCUUCAUCGACGAGGAGCAGGCCUUUGGCUGCAGGGGCCCGGCCCGGGGCCGCGGCCGCGGCUUCCGAGAGUUUACUUUCCGCGGCCGGCCAGGCGGCGGCGGGCUCUGCGCUGGGGGGGUCCUCGGGGCGCGGGGCAUCUACAGCCAGAGGAGUGGCCGCGGUCGGGGUCUGCGUGACUUCGGUCCCGCCGAGGAGUUCCCCAGAGCCAGGCCCCGGCGGAGGGUGGCCAGCGAGACCCACAGCGAGGGCUCCGAGUAUGAGGAGCUGCCCAAGCGCCGCCGCCAGAGGGGCUCAGAGGCCGGGCCCGAGGGCCCCCUCCUGGAGAGGGGCGAGGGCUCCGCCGCAAAGGCUGACUUUCGGGACUCUUGGCGCUCCAACAGGACGUACCCGGAGGACCUCGGCAGUCUGGACGCUAGGAGCCGGGGCCCCCGGGCCUUCGGCCGCGCCCUGCCUCCCCGGCUGAGCCACUGUGGCUACGGCCGCCGUACCUUCGUGUCCAAGGAGUCUGCCCACUGGCAGAGCAAGAGUGCCGGUGCCUCCUGGCAGGAGCCCUGUGCCCCGGACGCGUGUGGGCCCCGGCGGCCCUCCGACAGAGACUACACCCCAGACUCCUACAGACACGCGGACUCCCUCGGUGCCCGGGCCCUCGAGGAUGGCCGCCUGGAGGACAAGAGGCCCUUCUUCCCGGAUGACCCCGCAGCUGACCCUGAGAGCGCAGAGAACCGGCCCUUCCGCAGGAGGCGGCCCCCGCGCCAGGACAAGCCCCCUCGCUUCCGGCGCCUCCGGCAGGAGCGCGAGGCCCUGGGCCUGUGGGGGCCCGAGGACGAGUCCCACCUGCUGGCUGGUCAGUGGCUGGGCCGGGCCAAGCUCUGUCCUGGGGACGAGAGUGGCGCCGCAGGCCGCCGGUCGCCCGAGCUCCCCGGCCAGAACUCCUCGGACCACGCCAACGAGGAGUGGGAGACGGCGUCCGAGAGCAGCGACUUCAGCGAGCGGCGGGAGCGCAGGGAGGGCCCCGGGGCCGAGCCCGAAGCGCCGCCCGACGGCAGCCUGCCGGGGCCCGGAGCAGGCGAAAAGAAGGAGCUGGCCAAGAGGAGCUUCUCCAGCCAGAGGCCCCUGGCGGACAGGCAGAGCCGGAAGCUGGAGCCGGGGGGGUUUGGGGAGAAGUCUGUUAGGCCAGGCGGUGGUGACACUUCUCCCCGUUUUGAGAGCCAACAGAGUGGGACGCCCUUGAAAGCCAAAAGGUCCCCGGAGGAGGCCGUGCCGGGAGGCCUUGCGGCCUGUGGUUCCGGGAGUGGCCGUUACCCCCUGGAGCGUGCGGCCCACGGCAGUGUCGACGUCCCUGAAGCCGCUGGGGAGAAGGCGGAGAAGGGGGCCCCGCCGGCUGCACAGAGGGCUGGCGAGCAGGCAGAGGCCGUGAAGCAGUUUGACCUCAGCUACGGCAGUGCCAUCAUUGACAAUUGUGGGUCCAGCCCAGGGGAGGAGAGUGAGGUGGGCUCCAUGGUGGGCGAAGGUUUCAUCGAGGUCCUGACCAAGAAACAACGCCGCCUGCUGGAGGAAGAGCGGAGGAAGAAGGAGCAGGCUGCGCAGGUGCCUGUCAAAGGUCGAGGGCUCGCCUCCCGUAUUCCUCCUCGGUUUGCUAAGAAGCAGAACAACCUGUGCCUGGAGCAAGGCGACGUGGCUGUGCCUGGCAGCAGCCUGGGCACCGAGAUCUGGGAGAGCAGCAGCCAGGCCCUCCCCGUUCAGGCCGCGGCCAGUGAUGCUUGGACAAAAGCCGCCACUGCCUUCAACAGCACGGAGCCCGGCUCUGCGGAGUCUGUCUUGACCACCCCUCGUGAAAGCGACGGGCAGUUGAGUCGAUUCGCGCCUUGGCGCACGUGCGGCGUCCGGCUGGCGGCGCCCGGCGGGCGGUGCGCGCCUGUGCCACAGCGCUGCUUUCCCGCCAAGGACUCGGACCAAGGCUCAGCCCAGAGCAAGGAGCACCGGCCAGGACCCAUCGGCAACGAGCGCUCCCUGAAGAACAGAAAGGGCUCGGAGGGGGCCGAGCGCCUGCAGGGACCCGCCGUCCCGCCGGUCAACGGGGUGGAGAUCCACGCGGGCCCUGUGCUGCCAGUGCCGCCCAUCGAGUUUGGAGUCAGCCCAAAAGACUCGGACUUCAGCCUGCCGCCCGGCUCUGCCUCUGGUCCUGCGGGGAACCCGGUCGUCAAGCUUCAGGAUGCCCUGGCCAGUAACGCCGGGCUGACACAGAGCAUCCCCAUCCUCCGGCGCGACCACCACAUGCAGCGGGCCAUCGGACUCUCCCAGAUGUCCUUCCCCACCGCCGACCUCACUCUGAAGAUGGAGUCUGCACGCAAAGCGUGGGAGAACUCGCCCAGUCUGCCUGAGCAGAGCUCUCCGGGGGGCGCUGGCUCCGGCAUCCAGCCCCCCUCCUCCGUGGGAGCGUCCAGCGGGGUCAGCUACAGCUCCUUCGGGGGAGUGUCCAUGCCGCCCAUGCCCGUGGCGUCCGUGGCACCUUCUGCUUCCCUUCCAGGUAACCACCUGCCACCUCUGUACCUGGACGGCCACGUGUUUGCAAGUCAGCCCCGGCUGGUUCCUCAAACGAUACCUCAGCAGCAGAGUUUCCAACAGGCUGCGGCUGCCCAGCAGAUCCCCAUUUCCCUCCACACGUCCCUGCAGGCCCAGGCCCAGCUUGGGCUGAGGGGCGGGCUCCCUGCCUCCCAGUCCCAGGAGAUCUUCAGCUCCUUACAGCCCUUCAGGUCUCAGGUGUACAUGCACCCCAGCCUGUCGCCGCCCAGCGCCAUGAUCCUCUCGGGAGGCGCGGCCCUGAAGCCCCCGUUCUCCGCAUUCCCGGGCAUGCAGCCCUUGGAGAUGGUGAAGCCGCAGUCGGGCUCGCCCUACCAGCCCCUGAGCGGGAGCCAGGCCCUGGUGUACGAGGGGCAGCUUGGCCAGGCCGCCGGCCUGGGCGCCUCCCAGAUGCUGGACUCGCAGCUCCCGCAGCUGACCAUGCCGUUGCCUGGCUCCCAGCUGCCUCUGCCUCGGUACGGCUCCGGGCAGCAGCCCCUGAUUCUGCCACAGUCCAUCCAGCUGCCACAGGGACAGAGCCUGUCUGUCGGGGCCCCCCGGAGAAUCCUCCCCCCCGGGUCCCAGCCUUCAGUCCUCAGCACCAGCAGAGAGUCCUCUCAGAUGGAGAUGAAGGGCUUCCACUUCGCCGACAGUAAACAGAAUGUUCCCUCAGGAGGCUCCGUGCCGCCGCCACAGACCUACAGGCCUAGCUCUGCUAGCCCCAGUGGGAAGCCCUCUGGACCAGCAGUUAACAUGGGCUCUGUGCAGGGACACUGCGUUCAACAGGCAAAACGAGUGGAUGAAAAGCCCAGCCUGGGAGCCGCACAGCUGCAGGAGGCCCCGUCAGCUGCCCCCCAGAUGAAGCGAGCCGGAGCGGUUAAGCCUCGGGCGGUGAAAGUGGAGGAGAGCAAGGCCUGAGGUGCAGGGCCCUCGC